UUCAUCAAAGGAAUGCUGAAGUGGAGGUUUCCCUCAGCACAUCAUGUGAAGAAGAUGUUUUCGCAUCACCUCAGGAACCCGAUAGCUAUCUGUUCACCUCCCAAAGCGCAAUAAUAAGCCGGUAAUUCUCCAGGACUGGGUCCGCACAGGGCAUUGAGUUCAGAAAGCAUCGAGCAGCAUCCGCAGCAGCAUCAACAGCAGCAGCAGCACAGUGGCUCCCCCUUCAGGCCGGUCUGUAGAGGUGCUGUAUGGCCACGAGCCCAACACACUGCAGCACGCAUGAGCACAGCUGGAAGGUGAAAUCACAAUCAAGCAGCAAGACACAUGAUAUGGAGGUCAAAAGUCACCUCAUCACUGGGCCUGAGCUGCAGGGCUCCACGGACACCAAGCAGCGUGCUGAAAGAAUGGUGGAGCUGCAGGAGAGACGGAGGAGCCUUCAGGCUUUACUGAACACUCGCCUCGCUGAACUCAGGCGUGUGUGCCUCCAGGAGGCGGAAUUGACCGGUGAGCUUCCCAGCGAGUUUCCUUUAGAAGCAGGAGAAAACCCUCCUCACGUGCGGAGAAGAGUUGGUUCAGCCCGCUCCGGCUCCAAGAACAAUUUAAAAAGCGAGGAGGAAGAUGCGUCUCAGCGCAAAUCGAAAAAGUCGACUCUGUUCAGUGGCGCCCUCCGCAGGCACAUAGAAGUGGAGCAACAGCUUGCUCACGGAAAGAGGACGACGGUUCACAGGGGAUGUCACACAGAGAACACUGUGAGGUCAGAGAGCAGCUCAACAUCCGACUCCACCAGCCAAGAGAACGAGGAGGUCUCUGAUGGUCUGUCCUCCUCUCAGCCCCGGCUGGUCCCGGGGAGCCCAGAUAGCAAGUUCUGUCGGAAACUCUCCCCUGUCGAGAUCUACUACGAGAUGAAAGCCAGACGCAACUCUGUGUCCAGCUCAGCGAGCCCGAGUCGCUCUCUCCCGCGGAGUGUGUCCAAUCUGGAGGGCAGAAGCGUCCCGGCAACGCCCCAGUUGACCCGGAACGGCCCGAUCGGUGUGCAUGUCAGGUCUGAAUCCUCCAGCAGCACUUCAGCAUUAAAGCAGCGAUCCGAUAAUUCUGAAGUAACCCAAACGGUGUCUGUUCCAUCUCAGGAUGUUUUAUCCACUGGGCACUUGGGGUGUUCUUACAGCGCCCAAACACGACGCAGCAACAGCUCUGAUGCGCUGCUGGACCGCUGUGUGGAUGAAGGUCAGUUAUCAGGUCCUAUGGUCCGAAACGGGUCUCACAAGAGCUCCGAGGCGCUGCUGGACGGCCGUUUGAAACAGGUGAAUGGACACGCGGAGUUGACCCGCGUCCGCUCUAUAUCAGGCGGCCGUGGUACGAGCGUCUCCGCCGGCGGCUACAGUGACGUCUUGCUGGACUAUGUGUGGGGUAAGCAGCAGAAGAUGCAGCAGCAACAGCAAAGACUGCAGGCUCAAAAUGGUAUAAAAGCACGAGCCUGGCACGAAGUGCCCUCUAUACCCCCUCCCCCUUACGUGAAUGGCUUCUCCUCAUCUCAGGGCCUGGUUCUGGGCUCAGGACCGCCAGCCUACAGCCCACUGAUGCUGCGGGGUAAACCGGGCGAACCUCGGCGGGUCAAGGUGAGCCGAACCAAAUCCUGCGGGCCGUUUAUUCCAGUCCAGCAAGGUUACACGGAGAUCCCUCUGGCUAACGGACACAACGGAAUGGGACAGUUUCAACCCCGGCAAAGACCCCCAAACUACAACACAGACCUGUCUUCUGGCUCCGCCCCUCAGGAUGAACCUACGCGCAACCUGCACAAGGCCCUGGCACUCGAGGGUCUGAGGGACUGGUACCUGCGCAAUGCACUGGGGCAGCCGGGCACGGCGUGCACGGGGAAAGGCCAGGAGGGGGCGCCGUCUCAGCGCAGACGGACCACAGCCUCGCUGCACCCUUCACAUCCACCGCUUAAACAACAGGCACAGUCGUUUCAGGGAGACAUGGCAUACACACAUCUGCCCCAGUCCGCUACGUUCCAUGGACAUCCGUUACGGUCUGCGGAUUUGUCUCCGUACCAAGACACCUUCUCUUCCAAAAUGGAGGACUUGACAUUGAAGGAGACGAAUGAUGACCGACCCAGUCCAGGCACACUUGUGUAACACGCACACGUACGUGCAUAAACGUUGGGUGCAUAAACUGGCACAACGAGACGAGGCUUGUUUUAUAGACAAUACGGAGUCCUAACCAGAACCCAGUAGCUCUGAUGUAAACACACACUCCUGUUCUUAUAGAUGACACUUUGGUGUUUUAAAAGAACUGAAAUGGACAACAACCACCACAACAGAAAACCCACUUGAAAUCCUUUUUUUCUUUUUUUUCUUUUUUUUUCCAGUGGUUCAAAAGUGAUUUCACUUUUAAGUACGAUCAUGUAGAAGUAAUAACCCAGUCAACUUUAACAAGGUAGCACGUCAUUUUAAACCCCGAACUGUACGUUUGAUGACUUUGCCGUGUCUGAAUUCGCAUCGCUUUGAUUUGCUUUGCUGAAUAUUUUGAUUUAUGUUUAUCAUCUGGUGAAAUCAGUAUUAAAUAUCCGGUCUUUCUCGAUAGAUCAGCUUCGACUCAGAUUCCAUUUUUAAUU